UGGCGGCGAGCCUCUGCUGGGUCAGUGCGGGCAGCGAUUCGAGUUGUGUUAGAGCUGUGUGUAGUUUUCCAUCCCGACUCAUCCGCACGUCAACGACGACGGCGAUGCUGGUCUUGCUUUCGUUAUUGCUCAUGGGCGAUGGACGACCGGUCGGCAGCGGGUCGUCUUUCUCGCAGUCAUCGGCGCUCUUUGUCGGUUCUGGAGCAGGACAAGGACGUCACCACGGAAUUCGAGAAGAGAAGAGAGUACUUCAAUCGCCCAACAGUUGUGUUGGUUUGAAGAUUCUCAACGACUCCCUUGUGUCUUGCACUACCCUCAUCAAGUAUGAGGUCACAGCCCCGUUCGUCAAAGCUUCCAACGAGACGGCUAUGGAGUGCCUGUCGGUGGCGCGCAACAUCGUCUUGCACCUGAAAGGCACACAGUUCUUUUACAUCCUCGAUCAGAUGUGCUCGACGGAGAGCACAAGCAGGCGGCGAUUGUCGUUGUACGAGUCAGAGUUUGGCACGCAAGUUGUGGAGGGUAGGCUGAUAACCACCUGGUGGCCCGGGUCUGAUGGGCCGGGAUCCCGUCUGCUCAACUUCACGUGCCUGGACUCCGGCUGCACGAAGCUCAUGAACCUCGUGACGGGGAUGGCUGUCUCGAUGUCGGGAUCGCAAUUGAUCUUGUCGGGAUACUACGAUUCGACUCCGCCGCGAUCCUGGCUGACCACCCUCAGUACGGAGACCGGGGAAAGGGUUUCCGUCCCGCUGCUGAACGUGGAAUUCGCCGGCGGCAUCGCGAUCAAUCCCAACCUGACGAAGCUAGUCGUCACCAAUGGCUUGGUGCCUCCUUUGCGGAUCUUCUCUCUUCCCCUUUCCCUCGAUGAGAACGGAGAUCUACGGCAGCAGCAGGGAUCCUCCUAUUUCUCACCCUCCGCUUUCUUCUGGUUCGAUCACUUUCUCGAGUGGGAGACGGCAUCCAUUUACUUUGGACCUUACAGUUUUCCUAGCGAUGGCAGGUGCUUGUACUUCGUCGAUCGCAAUCCCGGCGGCAGCAUAGCACGGAGCAGUACUAGUAAUUACAGCAGCAGCAGCGCAAACGGUAGCAGUAGUAGUAGCAAGAUAGAGAUGUCGAAUGCUUUGAACGUGUCGUUCGGAAAGCUGUACGACCUCGCCGUGACGGAGGACGGUCUGAUGAUCUUCGUUUCGGAGAGAGACACAGGUCUUGUGAAGCUCAUUGAGCUCGACGCUCCAUGUGGAGGAGGGCGCAGAGUCACCGAGAUCACUAAAAAGUUUCGUUUGGAGACCUUAAUUUCAGCGACGAACGAUUUCCACAAAGAUCGGCAACUUGGACGUGCUGGAGGCUUCGGCACGGUCUACUGGGGAUCCCUGUCGGGCGAGGAUGMCCGUGCGGGGGAGGUGUCGGUGGCGGUGAAGGACAUGGAACUGCCGCUGAAGAACAAAAAGGAAAAGCAAUUUAAAGCAGAGGUYAGCAUUCUCAGUCAGGUACRUCACCCCAACAUUUGCAAACUGAAUGGCUUCUGCGUAGCAGAGAGUCGUCGCAUUUUAGUAUACGAGUACAAGGAGGGAGGGAGCUUAUAUGAUAGACUAUCUGUAGGACGUGAAGAUCGACGGAAGAACGACAAGAACGACAGGAGGGAAGAGCGAGAAGAGAGAGUAGUAGUAGAAGGAGGAGAAGUAGAAGGAGGAGGAGGAGGAGGAAGAGGAAAAGCCGGAGGGGAAGAAAUACAUCAGGCAGGAGGAGGAGGAGAAGGAGGAGGAGGAGGAGGAGGUGGAGACGCCGUGAACAGACGUCGCUCGCCGCUUACUCUGGAAGAGCGUGUUGUGGUUGCCCUACAGAUUGCCACGGCUCUUCGUUACCUUCAUGACGAGGCUAAUCMGCAUAUUAUUCAUGGGGAUGUAAAGAGCCGAAACGUGUUGUUGGAAGGAGGAAGUGGGAGAGAGUUGAAGGCAUGCCUAGCGGAUUUCGGUUUGGCCAGAGUGCUCGACGAUAGUCUGCUAACGAAAGCCAAGACUGUACGGCAUUACCUGUUGUACGGAACGCCUGGCUACUUGGCGCCCGAGUACCUGSGGCGGGGAAAGCUGUCAAGGAAGAUCGACGUCUACGGCUUUGGAGUUCUGGUGUUGGAAUUGCUCACGGGGAGACCUGCGGUAAUUCACGGCCGACGCCUUGUUGAUGACCAGAGGAASCACUUAGACCGUCCGGAUGAAGUCGAUAUGGAGGAGGUUGUUGAUCCUUCUAUUCGAGGGGAAUUGAACCAUCCUGUGAUGACCAAAAUCGCAAGAGAUAUGCUACGCGUAGCUUCCCGUUGUGUGAUCGAGAACGAGCAAGAAAGGCCAGACAUCAAAGACGUGACUUUGGCCAUAGAGAGGAUUCUUGAGGAUAUUUAAAAAAAAAAAAAAAAAAACUGCCAGGACUCACGGAUACACGUUUUCUUAGUUGCCGUCGUUGGCUUUGGACAUAGAGAGGAUUCUAGAGGAUAGACUCUGAGAACC